CCCAAAGGAGGACAAGGCACUUGCAAAAUGUAGGACCUUCUAUAGGAAAAUGGAGGCCACGACCAAAGCGAAGAGAAAGACACUAAUGCAAAUGUAAAUUCGUGUUUCUUCAUGACCCGAAUUUGGGAUAAUGGGGCCCACACUAUAGCAGAUUCGCCAUCUCUGAAGUGGUUUUGGGGAGUCUAGAAAUAAUGCUGAUACUACUAAUAAAACAUGAUGACAAUGACAGCAGCAGCUGCAGGGUUAAGAAAGAAGUGCUGUUCCAUGAGAAGUGAUAGAGAAAUAAGAGCAGCGAUAUUUGGCAAAGAAGAGGCAGAAAGAACGCCCAUAUGUAGCAGCUCAUGCUCCCACCUCACUACCUGCCCAGUGUGACAUGUCGGGUGCCAUCCCACUGGUGGCCCUUUCAUCCAUCAACAACUGAAGCAUGUGAUCAGGAGCACCAUGGAGGGUGCAGAUUACCAGUUGCCUUCUGCCAGCCCAGCCGGGCUGGCCCUCCCUUCUCCCUCUUCCUCCUCCUCCUCCUCCUCCUGCGAUGGAGCUGAUAGCCUGGCUUUUAAUGGGGAGCUGGACCUACAACGCUACUCCAACGGGCCAGGGGGACUGGGGAGCGAAGCUCGCCCUUACCCUUGCCCCAUCUGUGGUAAGCGUUUCCGCUUCAACAGCAUCCUGGCCCUGCACACGCGCAUCCAUACCAGCGCCUACCCUCUCACCUGUCCCUACUGUGGUCAUCGGGCUGGGCAGCGUGCCAGCCUACGCCUCCAUCUCCGUUCCCACUGCCCUGAGGCCCGCACCCGCCUCAGCCACCAGAGCCGCUUGCUGCUUGAGUUGGAAGAACGGGCACUUCUGCGGGGGCAAGAAGAAGAGGAGGAGAAAGAUGAAGAAGAGGAGGAGGAGGAGGAAGAGGAGGAAGACGAAGAGGAGGAGGAGGAAGAGGAAGAAGAGGAAGAGGAACCGGUUGCUCCUGUCCCUCCCCCACCCCAGCCCAUCUUCCGCUGCCCAUUCUGCAAGGGCAAAUUCCGCACUGCUGCUGAACGGGAGCGCCACCUCCGCAUCCUCCAUCAGCCGUACAAGUGCGGGCACUGCUCUUUUGCCGCGACCCAAGAGGCAGAUCUACAGUGGCACCACCAGCAGGCCCACAGCCUACUGGCUGCAAGGCCGCCCACCCCACCUGCCCCUGUCCCCGCCCCAGCUCCCAAAACUGCCCCACCUGCCCCUUCGGCCUCUGCUCCCACUGCUCCCUCUGCCUCCACACCCACUGAGUUCCGCUGCCAGGUUUGUGGGCAAGCCUUCACCCAGUCCUGGUUUCUCAAGGGCCACAUGCGGAAGCAUAAAGACUCCUUUGACCACAAGUGCCAGGUAUGUGGACGCGGCUUCAAGGAGCCGUGGUUCCUCAAAAACCACAUGAAAGUUCAUCUCAGCAAGUUGGGCCUCCAGAGCGAACAAAGAGGACUGGGGGCCAGCCGGUCAGCGCAAAGCUUACUGGUGGGUUGUGAGGCUCUUUAUCCUUCACUCCUCUCUCCCCGGCCCACUGAUAAAACUGGUGCCGGCAAUUUCCUGGGCUAUGGAGAUGCCAGCUGUGCAGAACGCCUGCAGGCUACAGCUAGAGCAGUGGAGAGUGGCCAGCAAUGGCGGGAACGCCCUUACACAGCUGGCUCCAAACUUGUGAGAGAAGACCCAAGGGGGACCCACCGUUGUCCAGAUUGCUCCCGGACCUUUGGCACAUUCCAGCAGAUGGCCUUGCACCGCCAAAGCCACCUGUCUCGAGAGAGAGAAUGGAACAAGGGGCAGUCUCUGGGUUCUCACCUUCUCACAGGACACUGGCUCCCCACAGGUGUGAGAACCUCCACUGCCGCUAAUGCCAGCCCAGCCUUGCUGACCCAGGAGGAAAAGGACAUUCAGGGACAGUCACGCCUGGAUGGGUCCCGUCGGGGCACUGGGAAAGAUUGUCCAUUCUGUGGAAAGUCCUUUAGAUCCUCCCACCAUCUCAAGGUGCACCUCCGUGUCCACACAGGAGAACGCCCAUACAAAUGCCCUCACUGUGACUAUGCUGGCACCCAAUCUGGCUCUCUGAAGUACCACCUGCAGCGCCACCACCGAGAGCAGAAGAGUGCAGCAGCUGCAGCAGCUGCAGCAGCAGCUGCUGCAGGAACACUGGAAAGGUGCCACAUCCCCCUCAGUCCCACUGCAGUCCCUGCCUUUCCCCCUGCGCAGCUGUCCAAGAGCCACAGUUCCUUCCUCCCUCUGGGGGGCUUGGGCGUAGCUCGGUCCCGUCCGUCCCGCCGCAAGCCAUUGCUCAAUGGGAAGGCUGACUUCCAGCCUUUGGACCUGUCACUGCGCCCAACCCUGGCAGGAGGGGCCCUCCACCGCUGCCAGUUUUGCCCCUUUGCCACCUCUGCUCCUGAGCUCAUGGAGUUGCACCUUCAAGUUCACCACAGUCGGAAAGCCCGCACCCGCCGGUGCUCUCACACGGCCCCGAAACCCCGGGCAGUGGUGGAGGAAGUGAUGUCUGAAAUCCAGAGUCCCCAGCAGAAAGAAUUUGAUUCCCUAAGUCCAGAAAGGGAGACCAGCAAACCUCAGACCACCUGGCAUUCAGAAGAACAGGGAGAUUCUCCCAGGCCUGAUUUGCCUCGAGGGAAGUGGACUUCCGAUGGAGCAAUAGUUGCCAGUCUUUCUCCUGGAAUGCCACCAGCUCAGCAAGGUUGGGAGAGCCUGUCGCAAGACUCUGAGGAGCCAAGACCUGAGGAGGAAUUGUCUGCCCCAGUGGUCCAAAAGGGACCACAUCAAGAGACAUCUAAGACAGGCCAAGGCCUUAUGGAAUUGCAGUUGGAGCCAGUGCAGGCUUGAGUAUGUCUACUCUGCAUAUAUAAACCAGUUUCAAACCUGUUUUAACUGUCAUGACAACUCCCAUCCAAGGGACCCUGGGAACUGUAGCCUUUUCUAUGAUAUGUCACUCUCUUACAAAGAAUUCUCCAUCACCCUAACUAAACUACAAUUCCCAGAGUUCAUGGGCAAGGGCCUCGGAGAGCCUAUAGCUUAGUGGUAGAGCACAUGCUUUGCAUGCAUUAAUGUUCCAGGUUUAAUCCUUUGUAUCUCUAGCUAAAAGAGAUAGCAGGGCUCAGAAAGUCCUCUACUUGUGACCUUGAAUGGAAACUGCCUGUCAGUGCAGACAGAAUGGGGCUAGAAGGACCAGUGGACUGGCUCAAAGACAAGUUUCUAAAGACAGUUAAACCAGUUUCAGACCUGUUUACAUUUGUAGUAUAGAUGUGCAGAGACCAGGGGAGGCAGCUAAUAGGAUGCCUUCCCAAGUGUCAUGCAUCCAUCUAUGAUAGGCAUUGGGGUAGAAGGUAGUAGGGUUGUUGACUUUGUUGAAACAGGUCUUUGUCUUAAACACCAAGACAGAAAUUCAAAUGGUACAGAUGUUGUCUGUCAUGCAUCUGUUAGCAGCACAGAAACCUGACCUGGAAAAGAAAAAAGUGCCAACCCUGGGAGAAAAAAAGAGAGAAGCUGUGAUAUGGCUGGGGUGUGGAAUUUGGCAGUGAUGCUGUAGCAAUUUUUAUUUUUUAAAUAAAGUCAAACAGGGUUUGAGGGUGAUGUGGAUGGGUAUGGUGGAUUCCAACCCCUUGCUUUCUUCUCAGUCUUGGGCUUGAUGCUGCUUCCUUUUGGUGCCAUGGUCUGAGGGAUUGGUCGCUUUCAGACCUUGCUAUUGGCUUAAGUGAAAGGUGAUACCCAAUAUGGGAAAUGACUCCUGAGAUAUACCUUGAAAAAGUUUUGUAUGUGAGGAAUGUUUCUGCAGGUGCAUCUUUUCCCUCCAUACUGCUGCUACAGUAGGAGAAACUGAACCCUUCAGAAUUCUUCCUUAACCAAUUACUAAUGACCCAGGAGCCCUGUUCCCCAUUAAGCCUGUUUUUCCUGUCAAGUGCCACAGAGGCAGGGUGGCGUGCACCAAGCACUCAUGGUCUGAGGGGACUUCAAGUACCUGUGAUGGGGCCUUGGCUCCAUAGCAACCGAGUGCCACAGUCUCUUGUGUGCGUAGCAAGCGACCCAGUGCCAGUAUCUUAUCUUCGUAGUGAUCCAGCCACAGAGCUUUGUUUCUGUAGUGACCUGGCAUGUCAGGAAGCUUGACAACUUCUAGAGUUUUCUAUUUUUUUAUUGUUUUCUUGUAGAAAAAAAAUGAAACUGGAAAUAAAAAAUAAAAU